CGUCGGGUGAAGGAGGAGGCGGAGGAGGAGGAGGAGGAGGAAGAAGAAGAAGAGGAGUGCGAAUUCCUCUGAUGCACGCGUGUCGCACGUACACCGCCUCGCUGUCUCUCAGUCUGUCCGUCUGUCCGUCUAUCCGUCCGUCUGUCUUUCGCAAACCACAUCCACCGUCCUACAUACCGGCCAGUGCAGCGGACUCGUGCAACAUCCCACACCCACCCAGCAACCAGCCAUCCGGGACGAGUCGCACGUCCUCGUUCACGUUUACGAAGAUUCGUGGAGUCGGCCGGUGUGUCCAAGUCCCACUCGAAGUCUUGCUCGCUCGACUCAACUCACUUGCUUGGCGUCCCAUCCGGCGCGCCCUUCCUCGAAACCGCCUUAUUGGCCCUUCCGCCGUCCAAUAACCUCCACGAGUUCAAGGACCUGGAUCGCGACAACGUCACUGGCUAUUACGACCUAUUAAAUCUUCUUCCAUUGCCAUACCAGCACGCGACGCGCCAGCUACACGAGAGCACCUCCCAGACUGUACAGCAACGCUUUGGAGGGAGACCCGCGACACCAUACACGCAGCACACACACCACCGCGCGCGGUCGGAAUCCGCACUGAGCGAGAGAGAGUGAGACGCGGCUCGACCAUCGAUAGCCGCCAGCGCACUGCUGUCGCGAACGUGUCGACAUGCAGUACGGGGGAGUUCCACCGCAGCAGCAGCCUCCUGCGGCCGCACCUAAGAGGUACGAUGGCAAGAAUGGUGCACCACUGUACGAUGCGUCACACGGCGGACACUAUGGCGCCAGUGCUGCGAUUGCAGCUCAAGGGCAUCCGCCCCCUCCAGAGACAUUCACAGGACACUGGCAGAAUGUCUCGCAAGGACUAUCAGGACCCUACCGAGACAUCCUCAACACGUACUGGCAGAAUCAAGUAACCAAGCUCGAAACCGAGGAACAUGAUUACAAGCUACAUCAACUUCCAUUGGCGCGUAUUAAGAAGGUCAUGAAGGCAGAUCCAGAAGUCAAGAUGAUCAGUGCAGAAGCUCCGAUACUCUUCGCCAAAGGCUGCGAUAUCUUCAUUACCGAGCUCACCAUGCGAGCCUGGAUACACGCCGAGGAGAACAAGCGACGAACUCUGCAACGUAGUGACAUAGCAUCCGCGCUGGCCAAGAGCGACAUGUUUGACUUCCUCAUCGAUAUCGUUCCUCGCGAAGAUCAAACACCGUCACACAAGAGGCGUCCAGAAUACAAUCAACCUGUCAGCUACCAGGACCCUUCGCAAGUGCAGGCUCCUGGCCAAGCUAUCGAGCAGCAGCAACAACAGCAACAAUUGGGCGGCCAGCCAGACUUUGGCGGCGUGGAUCAACAGCACAUGUCGCAGCAGCCUCAGUAUCAGCAACAAAUGGGCGCAUAUCCACCGCCUCAGCAACAAGCACAGUACGGAGGACCAGGCAUGUUUGAUCCGAACAUGUAUGGCGGACAGCCCCAGGCAUAUCCCAUGGGACAGAUGCCAGGCAUGUCUCAGCAGGGGAUGUAUCCUCCUCCUCCGCAGCAACAGCCGCACCCACAGAUGGCGCAGCAGUAUCAGGCCAGCCAACAAGGCGGCACUGAGCAAGACGCAGAUGGAGAGCAGGACUUUGGUGGUACCAACGGCUAGAAGCUGCCCAUUUCACCGCACCUCGACGAGGCAACAUGUGAAGAUGUACUUUUGCAUUCCCCCGUUCGGUUUGACGACCAGCUACUGGUGUGUCUAGGAGGGGGGGAGGGAGGCUUGCAGAGGGUAGACUGGCGGAGGGAGACUGGCGGAGGGGGCACAUAUUCCGUCCACAGACAGCAUGCUCAUAUCGAGUUGCACGUGCAAAGCGGUUGCGAUUGAAUGAUUCUUGUAACGACUUUUUGGUAAAUAGCCUUGACAUGACGGAAACGACACGAUACCGCACUGAGCCGUGGUUCCGAGAUUCGCCGUUCACACUGCGUGAAUAGGUAAUGAAGUGU